AUGGCCGAGCUCAAGGCGCUGGGCGGCGAGUCCUACCUGGCCCUGGCGCAGAGCUACAACCAGACGGCUUUCGCCUACGGCGCCGUGCGGGGCGCGGGCGAAGCGGGUCGCGGUUACUCCGGAGGCGCGGGCGGGCUGGCUUUCCCGGCGGCGCAGCUGGGCAAAGCGGCGGAGAGCAGCGGAGAGCAGAGCGGCGACGACGAGGAAGCUUUCGAAGGCUCCAAGGCCGGCAGCCCGACCUUCGAGCGCGGCGGCGGAGACGAGGCCAAGCUGAAGGCCGGCGGCGGGGGCGGCGGCGCCCUCGGGCCCAAGAAGCCCAAGGAGCAGCGCUCGCUGCGCCUCAGCAUCAACGCCCGCGAGCGGCGGCGGAUGCACGACCUGAACGACGCGCUGGACGGCUUGCGCUCCGUCAUCCCUUACGCGCACAGCCCGUCGGUGCGCAAGCUCUCCAAGAUCGCCACGCUGCUCCUGGCCAAGAACUACAUCCUGAUGCAGGCGCAGGCCCUGGAGGAGAUGCGGCGUUUGGUGGCCUACCUCAACCAGGGCCAGACUCUCGGCGCCUCCAUCCCGCCCGGCUUGGCUCCCUUCGGACAAUCGGCUGCCGUCUAUCCCUUCACGGGCGCCGCCUUGCCGAACUGCCCCGAGAAAUGUACUGCCUUUGCCGGAGCCGCCUCGGGGCUUUGCAAACACUGCAGCGAAAAACCCUAA